GGCGGAGAAAGGGUCCAGUCCCAGGAUUGGUCGCGCAGGCGCAAGGAAGGAUCCGUUUUGGCGGGCGGUUGGCGUUGCGCAGAAGGCGGCGGCCGUGGUGUCUUGUGGUCCGGCCUCACCACAGAGGAACAGAGAAGACAUUAGCGUGAGUGAUCGGUCUCGAUCCCGGGAACCCGGUGGCCUUAGUCCUUCAGGUGGAACAGCGUGCAACAUGGGAAAGAAAACCAAGCGGACAGCUGACAGUUCUUCUUCAGAGGAUGAGGAGGAGUAUGUUGUCGAGAAGGUGCUAGACAGGCGUGUAGUUAAGGGGCAAGUGGAAUAUCUACUGAAGUGGAAAGGCUUUUCUGAGGAGCACAAUACUUGGGAACCUGAGAAAAAUUUGGAUUGCCCUGAGCUAAUUUCUGAGUUUAUGAAAAAGUAUAAGAAGAUGAAGGAGGGUGAAAACAACAAACCCAGGGAGAAGUCGGAAAGUAACAAGAGGAAAUCCAAUUUCUCGAACAAUGCUGAUGAUAUCAAAUCCAAAAAAAAGAGAGAGCAGAGCAAUGAUAUCGCUCGAGGCUUUGAGAGAGGACUGGAACCAGAAAAGAUCAUUGGGGCAACAGAUUCCUGUGGCGAUUUAAUGUUCCUAAUGAAAUGGAAAGACACAGAUGAAGCAGACCUGGUUCUUGCAAAAGAAGCAAAUGUCAAAUGUCCACAGAUUGUGAUAGCAUUUUAUGAAGAGAGACUGACGUGGCACGCAUAUCCGGAGGAUGCGGAAAACAAAGAGAAAGAAAUAGCAAAGAGCUAAAGGAGGGGGUGGUUUCUGUCAUUUCUCUUUGUAUAUAAUACAUUCACCUCCCUGCCUCCUCUCCCUUCUGCCCACCCCCUUCUAUCCUAAACACAUCCAUAAAAAAUGUGCUUAUCACUGUGCUCCACAGGAGAAAUGUUGGUAUUGGUUCUCUUGUAACAUAACUGAUGGUCUGAUUCAUGAUAAGUGUCUCUCUGUGAAGACCAGGCAUUUACAUACUGUGUGUAAUUCCCACAAUAUUUUCCUUUGCCCUUAUCUCUUCCUUCUGCUUCCCUGUGACCUCAAGAUGAGUUUUAACUUUUUAAUCACCUUAGAGUCUUGAUCUUUUCAGGGUUGGUUGCUUUUUAGAUUGGGGGAUUUUGUUACAAUGAUGAUGAGUUUUGGUUUCUUGCUUUGGUUCUUAGAACAUGUUGAUGACCAGCUAGCUUUUGUUUUGAGAUGUUGGGAUGGAAAAGAUGUUCCCAUCUUUUUUAAAAAGCCAGUAGCAACUGCCUACCUGUUGGGGCUUUCCCAACCUCAUUCAGCUUACCCAGUAGAAUACAGGGUUCCUGGUGUGGUCGUCUGGGCCACCCUCCGCUGUUCGUCUCCACUCAAUCCUCCCAGAAUAGCUCCAUUCCUUGGAGGACCUGAAAUGUUAUACUCAGAUUUGUCAAGACACUCUUAGCCCCAGGACUUUUGGCCUUGUUUCAUAGCAAUCCCUGAUUCUGCUUCUGCAAGGUGGUGUAGUCUGUCAUAAAAUGACAAAUUAUGAACUGUGGAGAUUUUUAGCUAUUCGUACACGAGGAUGAUGGGGUAGGAUACAGUUGUCUUUAUGAUCACCUUUGGUAUAUAUGUAUUUUUUCCUCCAUCCCUCGCAUUUGGACUAUAUAUUUAUGUAGGUGUGAGUGACUGCCUGGUGCUUGCUUGUGCCAAGGUGCUAGGCACCCUCCAGCCCUGCCAGCUUUUGUGGCCUCCCAAAGCAUUCCUGGUACCAAAGAGGCUUCAGACCUGACCCUCACUUCUCAGUGGACCCAAGUUUCCCCUUCAUGCCAUUAUUUUCUGUGGGGAAUUCUUGGAGGGGAGCCAUCGGCCACAGUAUCAAUUUUAAAUAUUCUUAGCGUUUGUAGUCGUAAAUUUCUUGCUUUGUUGACUCUUGGAUUUGCCACCAAGACUCCCCAAAGUAUUACUGCUCUUCCCUUUUUCCACCCUCAAACUCUUUGUUGUAUUUUAUUUUUAAAAAUACGUUUCUGUGGAAGACUAUCACCUCAGAGUGACAGGCCCUGGCAUUAGCAUGUUGACAACAACCACCUGUCCCUGUUCAGAGUAUUUCCCUUUUGCUUCUUUCUGCUUUGCUAUUAUAUUGAGAGAUGAUUACCUAAUCUUAACCUUCCAUCCUUUUCCCCCCAAGAAAUGCCCUACUUCUCUUUAGCCAUUUUCUUUUAGUUGGGGGUGGGGGGUUGGCUAGAGGAUCAAGACUAAAAGUAAGGAAAUAGCAGGGUUAUGAGCAUCCGUGUCCCAGUCCAAAGCUGAGGAAUUAAGAAUAAAUGCUUGAACUAGCCUUAACUCUAGAUUUCACCAGCCAUUGAGGUUGUUUUUGUUGUUGCUUUUGAUUUUUAAAACAUAUAGCUUUCUGGCCAGGAGCAGUCAGCCAUUUCUAGAUUAUUCAGAGUAAUCAGGGGAAUGGAUAGAUUGCUCCAGUCCACAGAUGAGCUGAAUAAUAUGCAAAUCAUAUACCCAUUCAUAGCAUUUGUUACCAUUGCUUUCCUGCUCAGCUGCUGAUUGAAUUCUGUGUGCUUGUAUAAAUUAUGUCAAAAAUUACACUGCACAGUUGAGAAGACAGCUGUUGCUGCAGUGACAUGACAGACUGGAACAAUGAAGCUUUUGGUUUAAGUCACCCAGGAAAAUCCUUCUGAAUGGUAAUGUGAUUGGGUGAGAACUCCUAACCCAUACCUCAAGUGGGUAGGAGUUUUUAAUCUCCAUCUUUCUUUACUCUGAAAGAAUUCAAGGCCUAGAUCGAGUGCUAAAUAAUUGACAGUUGGUUAGUACUUAAUCUGAUGGGCAUUUGAAAGAAAGAAAGGAUAGUCAGGAAACAGAUUUGUCAUACAAGUAGCCAAGGAUAUAAUUAGGGUAGACAAGAAUAAGACAGAAGUAGGCCAGAGCCCCCGAGGAGGUAAUCUGGGCCUGUUGAUUUGCAGGUGGAGAAAAUGACAGCUUGUCCACAGAGCCAGUUUGUGUCUCCCAGGGGCAGUGGGCAUGUAAACUACAGUGACUGUUUUUCAGACCAAAAUCAACAUGUGAACAAAGAAAACAACAGAAUUAGUUAGUGCUGAGAUUGGUCCUGAAAAAGCUGGGGCACGUGUUUGCUGUGGUUAUAGGUGAUAUUUAAGACAUUCAUCAAAAUGUGAUUUUCUUUUAGCAAAGGAAGUACCAUCUACUUGUCGGCUUUUUAAUAUCUCACUUUUCACUCCAUCUCUUCUGUUCAUAGUUUACUGAAUCAUGAUCUUGUACGGAAUGCUGCCAGAACAGUUGUUUUCUCCCUGCCUACCCACAACUGCUUCUGUAGGAAUGUAGGGAGCCAGAGGCCAGCUCUGGCUUUAGCCCUCAGCAGAAAGGAAACCGGAUGCCUGCCUUGUGUCUCUGGCAUUUGUUAGUUCUGAGCAGCUCUCCUGGCCCUUGCACAAUUGCAGCCUCAAAUGGAAAUCUGUCUUUAUGGGGCUUUCUCCUCAGAAGAGUUAGUAGCCAUGGGCUAAGCACUCUUAAAUAUCUAGGUCUAUGGUGCUUGAAGCACAUUUUUGCUGUAUUUAUUUAGUCUUCUUCCAAAUCAUCUUUUUAAUGCUGAAUUUCUUUUAGUAAUCAAUGUUCAAGGAUCUCCCUUUCCAUAGGAGGUAGCAGAGCAGAGUUUACCAAGGUCAUUGUAGCUGCUUUUUGAGUUCUGCACUGGGCCAGUACCCUCAUGUUAGGAUUAGCCAUUAGGAACAUCAGCCCUGAUGAAAGCACCCAUUUUUAACCUGGAGAGAGCCAUAUCAUUUUUCCUCCCACAGUCCAGUUUUUGUCUGCCUAAGGAAGCAUUUGAGCCUGUGGUGGUUCCUUAAUACAAGUCUAGGUGGUCCUUGGCUAUCCCCCAGCCAUAUCUGUGUACUGCUCUUUGUUCGUGAUGACAGGUUAGUCCUAUGUCCAUAGCUUGAACAGUUAGGUUAUUCUUAACUCUCUUCAUUCUUGUUCUGUGGCUACCCUACAGUCCAUUUUCCUGCUGUUCAGGUCAGAUCCUAGGGCUUUUUGGAAGGUACUUGGCAUUUUCAUCAUGCCAUUUUUUGGAUCUGUGUUUAGUCCAGCUCACUGAAAGUACAGUAGGAGUCAGAGGGAUCUAUCCUGUGUCUGGGCUGGGGCGCAGUUGUCUUUGCCCUUAGGGUUUGAGUUCGAGGGCCUAAAAUACUGCCUUCCAAUGACAUGAGAACCCCAGGCUGGGUUAGGGCAUUAGAUUUGAAAUGUGGAGGUUGUUUCUCACCAGUGAGGUCAAAGGAAAAGCUCAUUUUGCAUCUGUGAUUCCAUCCUUUUGGUUUAGGUUUUUAGAUGAAAAAUUGUAGUGUGGAGGUCUGUACCUUUGUAAUCAGAUGA